AUUAAAUUCAAAUAUUUCUAAUUCGUGUUAAAACGAAUUUAACAGUGAACAUAACAUAUGUGUAAAAACGGGGUAUUUGCAAAAGUUAAAUAAUAUAUUUAUAGUAUCCAGAACAAGAAUGAGCAGAAAAUAUCGUAUAGAAGAAGAAAAAGCUAAGCAACUUCAGGAAGAAAUUCUAGAAGAUGAAGAUAAACUUAAACAACAAAGGGAGAAGCUAUUUGGUCCCCUAGUAUGGUGCAAAUUAUCUUCAGGAAUUAAAAUUAUAGAUUUACAGCCUAUUAACUACGAUCAAGCUGCAAAUAUUAUUCUGGAUUAUUUUGUGAACGAAGAUGUUAUUUUCCGAAAUGCAACUCGUUUCUCUGAUGACGUAGAUUCGCUUGCUUCCUUUAGGGAUAAGUUAAUUGUGUCAAUGAUGGAUAGAAGCUCUAUUAUAGCAGUAACGGAAGAUGAUGAAAUUGCUGGUAUUUUAAUACUUAAAGCUGUUAAAAAGUCAGAUUUUGGAAGAGUUUUCAGCAGAGUUACAAUUAUUCAGGGAAAACCUUAUACUAGCAUCACAAAAUUUAUGAAUAAAAUCAACAGAAAAGUGGAUGUUUAUAAAAAAUUUAAUUGUGAUAUUUAUUUAAGAUAUUAUCUACUCUGUAUUAAACCUGAAUAUAGAGGAAAAGGACUUGGUUUUCGAUUAAUGUCAUGUGGAUUAGACGUUGCACGACACCUUAGGAUAUCAGUAGUGAUGGGAAUUUUUGAUUGUUGGAAACUACAGCAGUAUGCAGAAAGGCUUGGAAUGCAAAGAUUUUAUGAAUAUAACUAUCGAAAAUAUCGCGACCGAGAUCGAGAACUAGUAUUUUGCGAUUUGGGUGCAGGAAAUUUUACUUGCUCGUUUAUGGCAGGCAGAGUAGCAUCUCAAACAACACCAGGAGAUACUAAAAAAGUAGAAAAAUAGCACACUAAAAUUAAUAUAUCUAUAUAUGUAUUAAUAUGUCAUUCAAUCAAGAAACAAAAUGUCUAAUGGAUAAACCCGCCAUUGUAUGUGUAAG